AUGAUUCCGGACUUCUUUGUCUCUGUCGCCCAGCUGCCACGAACGGUAUCAGGAAAGACGGACAAACUGCAGCUAAGCAAGGCCAUUCAGGAAAUCCCACCCCUUGAACUGCGCGCAUACUUUGCUGCGCAGAGAAACAAGAAGCGUUUGGAGACCGAGACGGCUGAAAUGGAGAUCAGUUCGCACGAUGUCCUCCGGCAUCCAACAAUAGCGGAGUGGGCCGCCAUUGUCGAUGCGCAACAGGCGGACGCAUUUCCCUCCUAA